UGUGCAGGUAGGCGGAGUCUAGUGAUGGAGGGUGACUAACAGUUAAGGGCGGGGCUGCAGACUGGAGUGGCUUGACUGAUAGGUGGACCCCAAAGACCAAGGCCAUGGACACACAGAAUGUGAGUGAAACCCCUGCAGAAGACACCUGCCCAGCAGAUAACGAGCAAUGUUUGAAGUCAGAGAAGGCUGCGGCCAUAAGGAUCCAGUCAUGGUGGCGAGGCAACAUGGUGCGCCAGACGUUACUGCACGCGGCACUCAGGGCCUGGGUCAUCCAGGGCUGGUGGAGGUCGACACAGACCAAGAUGCUGGAGCAGAGACGGCGCCUGGCGCUGAGGCUCUACACCUGCCAGGAGUGGGCAGUGGUGAAGGUGCAGGCACAGGUACGGAUGUGGCAGGCCCGCAGACGGUUCCUCCAGGCGCGCCAAGCAGCCUGCACCAUCCAGUCUCACUGGCGCUGCUAUGUCAGCCAGACUCGGGGCCUGAUCCAGGGCCGCUAUGAGGUCAGAGCCAGCCGGCUGCAGCUCGACAUCGAAGUCCUCUUGACCUAGGGCGCUGGCAGAGCCAAGGAGACUGGAUCUCUCUCCCAAAUAAAGACAUUUACUUGUCACAA